AUGACUACGUCCGCGCCCGCCAAGCAGCCCGUGCUAAAUGGGCAAGGUCAGCCUCCCGUUCAGCAAGGAUUGGUCAAGGAUUUUGUCAGGAUAAUCAGACAGCUGUCCACGGACGAGGGCUACCAGAACAUCGCCGGCCUAAUUUUGGAGGUGGAAAACCUUAGGACAGAGAAUGAGGAACUCAAAAAGAAGGUGGGAGACAGCAAAACUAUGAAAACGGAGAUCUUGGCCGCAGUUCAGGAGGUCGAAAACGAGAACCAAGACAUGAAGGAUCAAUGCGCCAAAAAGGAUGCUGAUCUCGACAAAGCUCAGACGCAAGCAUCUGCAACCCAGGGCAAGUUCCAAAAGGCGCAGAAUCAAAUAGCGAAUCUCAAGAUGGAACUCGUGACAAACAAGGAUGAGAUUGAUAAGACGAUGGCCAAUUUGAAGCAAAAAGAAGCGCAACUGGAGUCUGCGAGGAAGACCGAACAGGAUCUGAAGGCAUCCCGGGUGGAAGGAGACCGUAUCAAGAAACAAUAUGACAUGGCGAAUCAAGAAUUGGCAGCUUUCAAAAAGUUGGCUUUGCCUCUCAAAAGCUUGAAUGAGACUGAGUUUCGAACCCUCGUCAGGCAGCUAGUUGGUUUAUUUGACGAAGCACACCAGCUGGCUCUCCAAUUCUUCGGUCAAUUGACUCAAGAGCCUCAGGUAACUCAUACAAGGCUUUGGGAAGACCUAACCAAAGAUGUCGCCCUCUCCGGUAUCCCCCUGCCACCAGGUAACUCGGAAGCGGCGAGACAGAUGCGCGUAGCAGCUGUGCUUCGCCUCAUGGCCGAGAACGCAUACCAGUACAUCUUUCAGCCUGUAUAUCUGACAGAAAAUGGUAUGGAGGUGGCGGAGAUUCUGAGUCAAGUUAGCUCUUCCCACGCUCACUGGAUGCGGAGCGUGCUGCUCAACAUGAAUCUGAAGGGACAGCGGGACAAUGGUCUCAAACGCACCAAGACUGCCGCAAAUCAGGUCUCCAAAAUCUUAGGAUUUCUCAUAACCUCACCAGUCGACGGUCAGGCUUUCAAUGCUGCUGUGCUUCAGUGGUACGAAAAAGCUUGCAAGAUUUGGAUGACCAUCCAACAACUCGAAAUCAGAUUCGAGGCUCAAUUUGAGCCUCUAUCAAAUGAACAGGGUAUGCUGGAUUGGGAGCCUCUCUCAGAUUUGUUUCAUGAAGCCAAAUCUUCAACGGGGUGUACCACAAACGGGACAAAGUCAAAGUCAGAGCCCAAAGAUCGUCUGUUGAUGAAAGACAUCGCCGCAGAGGUGUGGCCAGAGUUCUUGGCCACAUACAAAGAGGAGACAUCUAUCUGCGUAUUACCCGGCUACGUGCUGGUAAGGGCUCAAACAGCCGUGGCCGAGCAGGAAGUCAAGGAGGCGGCUUCUUUAGAGCGAGCCCACAACAGCCGUCGUGUGGCACCUGGAAAGCCGCGUGCGGUAGCGGUGAUGAGUGGCCCAAAUGGUAGCAAGGAAAAGUUUUCUUUUUUAUCCCAGGGGGUCUAG